GACUGUGUUGGGUGUGUGUGACACCAGUAACUGAAACUUCCUGGUUGUCGUGCUUCACCUGCCGAAACCAGAGGAAUAAUUUACACAAAAACACAAUUGGUCUUGUCAUAUACACAAUAAACUGACAUUCCAUCUCUACAUCACAUCAUUUUUGUGCAAGUGAGAAGAAAACUCAUCAUUUAAAGAAGAGAAAUCAGUGAAGCGCUGCAGGAGGAUCCAAAGAACACGGAGGAUGAGGGUGUUUCCUGGUGGGAAGAAUGAAGAGUUCCCCAGCUAAUCGCAGUCGGGACAUUGAGCGUCAGGCAGGAUAUCUGUGCCCGGAGCACUGCGCGCCGCCCCCUCCGCGGACACACUCGGCCGACGAUAUGUGGUUCAUCAAGGACGGCUGUGGCAUCGUGUGUGGUGUGAUCACAUGGCUGCUGGUCUUUUACGCAGAGUUUGUGGUCGUCUUUGUAAUGCUGCUGCCGGCAAAAAACGUGGUGUACAGCUUAAUUAACGGUGCCAUCUUUAAUGGACUGGCCUUUCUCGCCCUAGCGUCACACUUCAGAGCCAUGUGCACUGACCCGGGAGCCGUUCCAAAGGGAAACGCCACUAAAGAAUUUAUCGAGAGUCUGCAGCUCAAGCCUGGACAGGUGGUGUAUAAAUGUCCCAAAUGCUGCAGUAUCAAACCUGAUAGAGCACAUCACUGCAGUGUGUGUAAACGCUGUAUCAAGAAGAUGGACCAUCAUUGCCCCUGGGUCAACAAUUGUGUGGGAGAGAACAACCAAAAAUACUUUGUGCUUUUCACUAUGUACAUUGCAUUGAUUUCUCUUCACGCUCUCCUCAUGGUCGCUCUCCAUUUUGUCUUCUGUUUUGAAGAAGACUGGGCAAAGUGUAGUUCCUUCUCUCCUCCGGCGACCGUAAUCCUCCUCAUCCUCCUGUGCUUCGAGGGUCUGCUCUUUCUCAUUUUCACCGCUGUGAUGUUCGGGACGCAGAUUCACUCCAUCUGUAACGAUGAAACUGGAAUCGAGCAGCUGAAGAAAGAAGAGAGACGAUGGGCCAAAAAGUCCAAGUGGAUGAACAUGAAGGUGGUAUUCGGCCACCCGUUCUCUCUAGCCUGGCUGAGUCCGUUUGCCACGCCGGAUCACGGGAAGGCCAAUCUCUACCAGUGGUCUUCACCGUCUCCAGGCAGUGGUGCUCAUGGAUUUCUUGCGUUGUGGUUCAGUAACGGUGUCACUACAGUAUUUGAGCAUGAGCUUGGUCUUCCUGAAUCCAGACGGCUGCUGUCUUCGUCCUGUGACUCCUCAGGUUCACAUGAUGUUUUUAUCAAUCCUGCUUUUCUUCCAAAUCCAGCUCAGACCAUCACAUAUUCAGCGUCUGCCGCCUCGGAAGCGAGACUGACAGCUGUAGACGUUCCUGAGAGGUUUUUAGGGCUUUCUCUGGCUUAUUUUAUCCUUCAGCACAAUGAUGUCGGGUCACGUGGUUUGGAGGCCUGACUUUGCUGCUUAUGACUGAAAGUUUGUUGCAUUAGUUGGUUGGAUUUCAAUGCAUUGAAGUGUUCGACGGCUCUGCUGUUGGAUCAGUAUUUCCCGUUUGCUCUCCAAGUGACGGGUCUCUACGGGUCGCUCAUAAUCACUGCUGUUCGCAGGCCUGAUGUAAAGGACCGCCGUUUCUUUUUCAAUUUUCUUUGCACAUUCUUCUGCCUGUUUUCAAUUUAUUCUGUCCUUUUUUAAUCUAUGCUUUAUGUUGUGCAUGUAUUUUAAAUAUAUCAAUAUCUUAAUGCAGUUUCGGGUGUUUCGGGUUGCUUUCACUUUGAAAGUCAAUUCAAUAAAUUUCUCUUUCUAUUGUU